AAUAGGUCAGAGAAGUUACCUUUACACAACCUUGUGGUUACCAAUAGAUGACGUAUCCACAACGUUAGCUUAACUUCUUUAACCAAAUUGGAUGAUUGAGCUUCACUGUGCAGAAUGAUGGUCCUAGAGGACGUUCCAGCAGCAAAAUAAUGAUUUCAACAUGACUUCUGUUACAGUAAAUCAGGCACAAUGGGAACAAAUCUAACGAUGUGUGUAUGUCCCCUGUGUGGCCAGUCAUCCUUCUUACCGACUGUGACUGUGAACAGGCAGUGUGACUCUGCCCUCAGCUCCCACCAGGGGCCGCCAGGGGCCCGCCUGCUCCUCACAGCAGAGCCCCGCUGGCGUCACUGCCUGCUUUGAUUUUUGGUCCUCUAAUGAUGCAGCGAGCUUCACCUACGCUCCAUUAAAGAGGAAAGAAAGACACAACAACCUCGCAGGCUCAUGGAGAGCGGAGCCCUGCUUGUCCGCACCGGGGGCAGGUUGAUCGGAUGCCUUUCACCACACCAGCGCCGUUAGAUGUUUUCCAUUCAGGAUUAAUUGGUUGACCAAUGGCUCCCAAACAUGCGCUCCUAUCCAGCAGCGGCAGCGGCCCCGGGGUCGGAGGGGUAAAUAAUAAAGAAGACCCCCGCUCUCUAUGUCCGACGGCAUGGAUCCUGGAUGCCGGGAUGGUGGCCGUCUGCUCGCCGAGGAACGGGAAGAGGACGCGGGCGCUGGAUGGGAUGCUGGCCCGGUGGUUUGUGACCAUCGGCACCGUGCUGAUGCUGAUGAUGCAGUGCUCCUUGGCCGCUGACGCUGAGGGAGGUCAUCAUGAGUCACUCAGGCAGGCUGUCUUGCCUCUGGACCCCACAGUGCCCUCCAACCUUUCAGCCACCCCAGGGACUGGAGACAGAACUGGGGCUAAAGACAAAGAUGCGAUGGAUGGGACUGACGCCAGUCCUGGAGCUGGACCCCGAGCUUGGCCUGAGGGCAAAGUGUUUGCUGAGGCCAGAACAGCAGUUUGGACUGAAACAGAAGCAGGAGUGCGUGCCGGAGCAGGUGGCAAAGUCUUUGCCGAGACAGGGAUUAUGACUGGAACCGGCGCCUGGGCUGGAGUCGGGGCUGAAUGGAGGCCGGUGGACGCAGAAGGAGAAGACCAGCCAAGCAUGCCCAGGGACUCAGCUGCCUGGCUGGGGCGGCAGAGGCUGCAGACGCGUGGAGAGGGCCAGAGAGAGCAGGCAGCCUUCUCAUCAGUCCUCACCAUGCUGGCAGAGACCACUGAACUGCAGGCACCAGCAGUGGGAAAACCUUUAGGACUGCUGUCUAAAGCUGCUUGGACCAAAAUCUCCUCAUCGUCAUCCAAGGCCUCCUCCUCUUCGUCCUCUUCCUCUACGAUAAAAGCAUCCUCUUUGCCCUCCUCCUCCUCUUCCUCCUCUUCCCCCUCUUCCCCAGCAACUAACAGAGACAGUAAGGCAGCAAGUUCAGACACCAUCUCUAUGGUUGAUGGUAGCAGCAACUCGUCCAACAGCAGCAGCAACUCCAGUUUGGAGGACUCUGUGAGCAGCCUGCCAGCCUGGGAUCUUCCUACUGUCCCUGAGUCACUCCUAUCCACAGUGGGCGACCACGACGUCACACUUCCUGCCAACGUCACCAGCCCUUUCUCCACCCACCAAUGGAACACCACUGUGCCCGUGCGCACCAGAAACAUCUCACGGCACACGACCACUUCAGCAACCACCAUAAACACAUCUCUGUCACCCACCACCACCUCAAUGCACACUUUGCCGUUAUCCACCACGGUAAGUUCACCUACACCACUGGGAUCCACCAUGGCUUCACGAACCACAAGCCAGGACACUGUGACCAACAACAGCCUUCAGCUGACGACAGUAACAACGACGAAGCCCUCAACGACCAAUCUUACUGUGACCACCUCUGAGAUGACGACGCAGGUGAUGACCUCUGGGAGUUCUGUGACAGUUCCACCAAAUACCACCACUUCUACAACCCCGCAGCAAAUGACAAGCCUUGGACUGACCACAGCAGCUACAACUCAGCCUACAACCACCACUACUACAACACCUACCACGACCACCACUACCACUACCACUGUCCCAUCAACUACAACUACUACUACUCCUCCAACCACUACUAUCACUACUACACCUGCAACUACUACUACUACCACUACUACCACAACAACAACAACCAAGGUACCUGCCACUACUCUGUUUGUUCUGGUCCAAACCACGCCUCCUCCUACUACUACAACCACAGAACCUCCAACCAGCACCAGCACAGAGGAGGGUCCUCUACCAUGCAAUGUCACCAAGAAGUACUGGGUCAGAACAGUUUUGUCCAUUGAGCUGCGCAGGAACCGUUUGGACUUAAUCCUGAAACAGAAUCUCUCCAAAGGACUGAGCCACGCUCUGCAGAGAGCCCUGAAUGACUCCACUGCCUAUGCACAGGUGGAGCGUGAUGACUGCGGCCCCAACAACGUGACGCUGGGUUACUACGUGGCCAGCAGUAAAACUGUCUACAUCUCCUCCUUGGUGGUUGAGGCGCUGAAUGUUUACGGUUUUGACAAGCUGUUGUCGGACAUCAGGCAGCACACCCCAUUGGUUAAGGCAGUUCUGGUUCCCGUGGCAACCUGGGUGCCCUCUCCAAGUAUUCACCUGCAGCUGAAAACAGUGUUGAGGUUUGUUGGCCCGACAGACAACAUCUACUCAUGCAGUUUUGUCCAGAUGUUGGAGCAGAGGCUGGAGAACGCCUUUGACGAGGCUCAGGACAAAGUGCUGGAAACCUACAACAGGCUCACCGUGGAGAUCCAGAGUGUGUCCCAGGAGCCGGGCUCUCCGUCAGUCUCUCUGGUGUAUGUGGUGAAGAACCAGGACGCAGUUCUUAAUGGGACGAUCUCCAGCGGCCUCCUCAACCAGCUGACUGCUGAGCUGGUGGGCUACUUCCUGUUCUACCCGCCCCUGGUCAUCGCUGAGCCCCUUGAAUACCAUAAUCUCAACACGUCGAUGGCAACCAAGAACUAUUGGGUGAUAACAGUGAUCCAGGAUGUGGAAAGCUCUUCCCUGGAGGCCAACUAUCAGAGCUUUGCCAGCCUGAUGGAGCAGCGGCUGGCUGAGCUAUUCCUGGUGGCCGGCAGGCAGGGCUCUCGGACUGCACGUUCCCGGCGGGCCACCACUGUGGGUGGCUACACUGUACAGAUGGUGAGCAUACGUCGACUGCCUGGUCCCAAGAAACCAGCAGAGAUGACUUACUACGCCCAGCUGAACGGAGCACCUAUCACUGGAACCACCGCUGCCAAGACCCUCAGCAGUCUGGACUCCCAGACCAUGGCUCUGACCCUGGGCUACUUCGUACAAGUGCAGGCUGAGCCUGUGGUAAAGACGCCGCCCAGCAACCUGUGGAUCAUGGCUGUUCUGACGCCUCUCUUCUUGCUGCUGGUGGUGAUCGUCAUGGUGGCCUUCAUCCUGUGUAAGAGGAACAGGGUCAUCUUCAAAACCGGUGCCUUCCGGACCUUCAAAACACGCUCCAAGACCUCAUAUCGAAGGGAGGGCAGUUACCACCACCAGCCUGUCCAGGGCUUUGACUAUGCCAAGAAGCACAUGGGUCGAACUGAUGAGGCCACCUCUGUUACCAAGGAGACGCUGGUGUUGGGGUUGCCUGUGCGAGAUGCUCCACUGUCAAUGUCAUUGGAUAAGAAGGUCCACCAGGAUGGGACCGCCAGCAAGAGGCCACCGUCUGCUGACAUACAUAAAGGAGGGCGGUUGCCAAGCGAGGAGGACAGCUCAGUGUCGAGUAGCAGCUCUGGGAAGCUGAACACCAGCAAGAGCUCCUCGGCCCGAAGGACAGCGACCGGCAGCAGCAGCAAGAACGGCAAAGAGGAUCUGCAUAAGAGGAGCACCAACGACCCGUAUGAAGACCAUACAGGCUCUCUGCGUCUCAUCACCAUUAAACCCAUGACAGCCCAGCCAACCUACUCCUAUCCAUCAUCCUCCUCCCACAGCCAAGACUCUGUGGUCGUCAAUGGGGAGGCAAACCAUGGAGGGCUGAAGCAGAAGUCAGACAUUGAGCACUACAGGAACAAACUGCGCCAGAAGGCCCGAAGGAAGGGCUAUGGAGAGUUCUCACUGUCCGAGACAGGCAGCCAUGGUUAUAGUCAUCGUGAUACCCGGCACAGUCGGCACGACAAUGGGGUCAAGGAGCCAAUGACCGCAGAAGAGAAGAGGGCCUCCUUCGCAGGGUGUCAUAAGAGGUACUCACACCCAAGGGAGCCCACCUAUUGGAGCAGGCAGUCUCUGAGCAGCCCCAGCCCAGUGGAGACAGAGAUGGACCUGCUGGUGCUCAGGGAGAGAUCCAGGAGGGGCAUCCGCAAUAACGGCUAUGAUGGUGAACCAGAACCGUUUGAGGAGACCAAUGUGGACCGUCUGAUGAGUUCUCUGGGUUAUGGAGGUGGAUCUACUGGCACUGGGAACGGCAGCUUGGGGGUGAAGGCUCACCGCGGCUCUGACUCCUCCACACUAAGCUCUCAGCCAUCCAUUGACGAGGUCCGCACUCAGAUGCAUAUGUUGCUAGGCAACGCCUUCAGCCUGGCACCCCCGGACCAUGACCCACCCUCCCCUCCUACCAACCACCACCAUCACCACCACCAUGCCCACAGCGCCUACAACCCGUCCCACACCAGCCACUACAGUGACGGGGUGACCAGCGCCCCGGGGACCAUGAACCAUCCCUGUGGAGGCAGGCAGAGGAACGCAGGCUACGAGGACAUGCAUCAGUGUAGCCUUCCCAAACCGGGUUUCCGGUUCACCCAGCUUCCUGAUAUGGGAAUCGGUUCUCCUCCGCCACUGAUCCCCUCAAGACCAGGACCACCACCUGGGACCUCGCUACGACGUUCCACCCCUGAUGUUAGUCUGAAGCCUCGUGUGUCAGAGGCCUCAGACCUGCAGGCUCAGCAGCACAAUGGCGCCCCCUACCUGCCACUGUCCAGGACCCCCUUCCCUGCUGUCACUGUCGACCAGUCCAUUGCCACCUACUCAGGAAAUCCAAUAACAGCAGUGUACGCUAUAUCAGCCAACCGCCCGGGGUACUCAGACUACUUUGUCAUGUCACCGCCAUCUUCGUACCGUAGUCCGUCCUGGAUGUCCUACCCACCUGAACCAGAAGACCUGCCGCGGCAGUGGAACGACACACCGAACUCACGUCACCUUGAAACCAUCUGCUGAAGUCGUCUGCCUGUGACACUGAGUGGAAACAGCCGACAGCUCGGUGUCUCUUUGGAUGGGCAGAGGGCCUCCCACUGAAAACUCUCCGGAGCUUUAUCGCCCCACUUUCACUUCAACCUGGCCUUCCUCCUGUUUGAUUCAUUCAUCACCAGUGGACCCCCUCUGCCCCCACUUUAUUCCCAGCUCCCCCUUUCCCCUUCAACAUUCCUCUCUCAGCCCGCUUCCUCCGCAGCUCUAAGUCUUUCUCAUCCUGCAGCCUUGGCCAGAGCACCUCUGCCCCAUAAGCCCCUUUACCUGGUCAAAGCUCUGCUUCAAUCUCCUUAGCAAUGCAAAUGCUCAGCCAUAAUUCUCCCUCUUUCUGUAUUCUCUCUGCUCCCUGAGCCCCCGGCCUCUCCAGGCCCUUACUGGCCCCUCUGGGCCACUAGUCACCAUCUCUAUGUAGACUGCCUCCUCUGUACAGCAAGAGGCCCCUCACACUGCUGAACUGAGCUGAGCUGAGCUGAGGUGAGGUGAGGUGAGCUACGUGAAGCUGUACUGUUCUUCCCUGCGUGGAUGAACAGGGUUAGUACAGUACAGGCACAUGCAGUGUGACAGGGGCGACCUUUCAACCAGUUCUCUGCCCCAGCAAACAUCGUACAGUAACUGCCACCUGCCCAGCACACGAUGGCACACAGCGCUACAUAAUCAGUACAGUAGUGCCCCAGCCAUGGCCAGUAGUCUAUCCCUCCUUUGAACUGGACUGGACUGGACUGGACCAUCCUGGACUUGCCCCUAAAGUCCACCAUAAAGCCAGGAAAGCUGGACUGACUUAAAACUGUGCUUUUUUUGAUGAAUCCAAAUUCCUAUGUAAACCUUCUACAGCUGGUUACUAUGUGUAUUUUAAACUUAAGUGAGAAAAAAAAAAUCCAAGGAAAAAGGAAAAAAAAAAUUUAAAUCUCUUGUCUUGAGCUGUCUCAAUUUCAGUUUUUGGAUAUUUGUGUGCUUUGUCUUUUACUUUUGUGCAUUGAUUAUUAUCAAUGGAUUACUGUACAAAAAAGAUGUAGUGAGUGUUUCUCUAUCACUCACCUUUAUUUCAAGGCAAAAAAAUAUAGUACAUUCUUCAAAGCAGAGAAAUCGGCAGCUUAGUUGUCUGUGGUUAUGAUGGCAUUUCUGUACUUUUAAAGAAGAAUUACUUCGUUUACCUUUUUCCUUCAUCAGAUUCAGCAAUGAAAACAAGAAUUAGUCACUAUGUUCUGUCAAUCAUUCAAUUAUGAAGUUUUUGUCUGCUAACCAUUAGGCAGACCUGGGUCAAAUGUACACACUGAAAUCAUAUGCAGUCUUGUAGCUUUGCAGCCAGUUUACCUGCUGUAGGGGCUGUUUGACACAUCACGAAAAGCAAGAGAUAAAAACAUUUGCCAUAUGAUGAGAAGAUUUCAAUUCUGGUUUGACUCAGGUCUGAUACAAUUAUGUGAACACAACAGUAUUCUUAGAAAAACAGUUCUUUUACUUGAAAGGUGUCUACUGUACUCUACUGUAUAAGGAAUUUUGACUUUUGGUUAUUUUGGUCUUGAUGAAGAGAUCAGUUGGAUGAAUAUGUGGUCACUGGACUAUGGUGUAGUACUGUUCAAGAGACUCACAGAGCUCGGAUGAGCCGUAUAUGUAACGAUUAAAUGUAUUUCUGUAUAUAGCAGAUGAUUUAAUGAAGAGAUUUAUGCAAGUACUGUGGGAGGGAUACUUUGCUCGACAUUGUUCUGAUGCCAUUUUUCUUCCUUUUAGUUUCACUGCAUUUAUGAUGAAGGACGGUCAGUCUGUUUUUGUAACUCCUUGACUUUCUGAAGGAUGCCACAUUUCAGUAUCAUCUGGAUCAUCUUGUUCCAUAGUAUUACCUACACAGCAUAGUAAAUAUUACAAAUAAUAUAUUACAAAAGAGACAGAGGGUGAGUUUAGAGGGACAUGCAGAAGGAAGGCACUUGAGCAGAUCUUACCCUGCAUUUACAGUAUUCUUCAUGUUUGAACAAAGCUAAUAUAGCCAUAUUAGUGGAAAUAAUGCAAUUUUUUUCGUACAAAGAAUGUCACAGUCUAAAUUAUAUUUACCCUCAUUUCUGUUGAGGAGAACUGAAAAUCUGUUAGCACAUUGUGUGCAAGGCUCCUCAUCAUUUAGGUGGUACUAAAGGAGAUUAUAGCCAUAUAUUAACUUCACCAAGUGGACAUAAAACAGAUAAGAUAUACAAUGUUAUGUCAAAAGUGGUAAAUGAUACCAAAUGAGAGUAUAUUAGAUAAUAAAUGAUGAGGCAGGAAGUGAGAAAGCCUUCUGUAGAGAGAUAGUAUAGUAAUGUAAAAGUAGGACAGUAGUAGUUUUACAUGAAAUGAGCGCUUUUAUAAAAGAAGCCCAAAUCUUGGCAGAAAAGAGCAGAAUAAAUGCAAAAAUGCUGCCAAAUAGCAUGAUAUAUUCAGAUUCUAUAAACCUACAGAACAUUUUAGAAAUCCUUUCUAAGUCCAAAACUGUAAAUGCAUAAUCAGAGUAUUUAAAAAUCAUUUUUCAGCUAAACUAUGAUUCAUCUUUUGGGACGCCCAGACAGGGCCGUAGCUAUCAUUGAGAGGACUUGUCCUCAGUGUUGUUUCAGGAAAUUUUAGGGUUUUAACAACCUGGGAAGGAAGAGUUUAUAUUCUACAAUUACACACAAAUUACACAUGGUGAAUUUUUAAAACCUGGUUCUAAUAUUUUUUAGGGCCAGUUUGACACUUUUAUGCCAAAAACAUAAAUAUGUCUGUAUUUCUUUACCAGAAUUUUAAGCCUGGCUUUAAAAUAGUACUUAUGGAGAUAGAAUUUACAGAAAAUAUAUUUAAACAGUUAAAUUAAUGUAGAGAUUGUGGGAAUAGAAAAAAAUUAAUUACAUUUUUUCAAGGUUUGGGGAAGGUUGCUUUGGGGGACUUUUGACCUCAGUAUUUCUAAAAUCCUGACUAUGGCCCUGCCUUUUAGAUUUAUGAAAAUACACCUACAUAUAUUUAAAAUACAAGUAAUACAUUUAAUAUUCAGAAUCUGUCAAAUGAAGACUAUACGUGUAAAGCAGCACAAAUAGUCUUCUUCCUCCCCUUUCUGAAACUAGGCCUGCACAUGAUAAAGAUUAGAUGUGGGUAUUUAGGGAAAAGAGAGCAAAGGUAUAGAUGACAGUACUGGAGCAUUAUGAGUGCACAAGGUGCUAUUGAUGUUUUGAAUCAUCAUUAUCAUUACUGGAAAUCUGCAGCAAAGAUUAGAUUUUAAAUCAUAUUCACUGUAUAAACAAGGUUGAGGUGAGACCACUUCCACUAAUGUUGAUUUUAUUUGACUUCAUGGUCCAUAGAGGGGUGGGUGGGUUUGGUUUUGAAGAAAGAGACUUGAUGCUAUGCUAUUAUAAGUUGAUGUGCAAUGUUUGUGCUUUACACGGGUAGCGGCGAGAUGCUUUUAUUGAAGAUGGACUCUGGGGUGGACUGACUGUCAGUAGUUUUUUUCUGCCGUUUGAGCCAUGUCAUGAUGCUGUGAUGUCAUGGCAGUGCUGAUGAUGUCACAUUAUCGUCACUCGGGUGUUGAUGAGGUUACAGUGACGACAACAAUGAAUGCUGUUGGAUGUAGUUAUGCAGAAAACUUUUUGGUGAAUUUAAACA